UUAGUUGAGAGAUUCUACAUGACGAAGUAGGGCGAAAAUCAGGAAUAACAAAAUUGUGUUUGCGACUUUGUGACAAAGUUAUUAGUCACUGAAGGAGAGCUAAGUGUCUGACGUAAGGGACUCAUACUACUGCCGCGCGUCAUCAGUAGUAUAAGUCCCUCGCUUCAGACGCCUUUCACUGGUAUCUAUAAUAAUUAAUAACUCAUACAGAAGGUCUCAAACGCAGUUACGUCAUUCUUGAUUUUUCUCUUAUUUUUAGAUGUAGAAUCACCCUUUAGAAUUCCUGACUUGUCCUUCCACCCUGUACUGUGGUAGUAGUAUAUUUACUUAUGCUUACAUUUACCCAAAAGUUCAAAAAGUUAACUACAGGUAAACAAUCACUAGCGAAUGUGUAUAAUUUACAACAGUUUACAUCCACUGUACGUGCAAUCCACGUUUAUCUUCAAAUUGGAUUUCACGAGGCGCGAAUGAGGGGAUAAUAUUUUUAGCAUUCCUAUUAGUCCCACUUUAGAUAAAGUACGGGUCUUGGUUUGAGGCCAACAUUAAAUUCGCUCUGAAUGCCACGUAAUUCGAAAAUGACCGUAGAAUAUUCAGCGCCUACUAGCCUUUUCUCGACCAGUGCGUCUUACUGUCAUUCAAGGGAAACAGGAAGACCAUAAACGAUGUCGCCAAAAACGCGUCUCGCCUCCUGUGCCCGGUAGAAACAAGGACAAGCUCUCCAAUCAAUGGACGGCUUCCAACUUGUAAGCUUACAUAAUUAAUUCGUGAAUCACGUUGUAUCGCCUUCGACACGUUUGUCCCGUUAUUUACAUACGAUUAAGCAACGACGAUUCGCGAAUAGGCCAGGAGACAAUACCCUUUGUUGUUUAAUUGCGAUCAAACGAGACGGGACGAGAUCAUGUCGCGUCUGGGGUUAGUUGUUCGUGAUAGAGCGCAAGCGCAACACAGUAAAGCACGUUACCUGCACAUAGUCUUCUCGGUAAGCUACAGCUAUCCGGAUAAGAUGGGUGCAGGUUUCGUACAGUGUCUAUUCUAUCGUUUUACCACCAGAAACGUAUCUAUCUUAAGUAGCGCGUUGAGGGGUCAGGGCAAUUACCGCAAGCGACAGCAAUCGUACAAAGAAUUAUGGACGUACGCAGCAGAAUUGAUUCCUUCGGCGAUAAUGAGUUACUGCAAUCAGACACAAUCUAAUCGUAGGCAUAUGACGUUCAAUACGAUAUCAAAGAUGCCGCGAAGCAGGAGGCGUCACCGUACUCGCAGCCAUUCGAGGGCACGUUCACAUUCUGCGGGCUCUCUUCAGUACGAGCACAAAAAACGACGCAUCGAUUAUGAAAGUCCGCAGAGCAAAGGAACGUAUAGGUGA